UACUCGGCGGAAUACAUCUUGAUGUAGUGAAUCGUAACGCCAAAAAAAAAAAACAAGCUGCUGCCUCGUAUUGCGCCUCGUGCGAGAGCAUUGUAACAGGACUCAGUGUACUCGGCGUGCUUUUUUUCUGUGUUGCAUUAGUAAUAACAGCAGCGCGCUGACUGAAGACAGGAGGCAACGCGUGUGCAUCUCCGAGCGGAGGGAUACCUCGGCGUUUUAUUUACUCUGCGGCUUGUUGUUCAUUUUUUUUUAAGAAAGAAAAAAAAGCUGCUUUUAUGAUUAUUAGCUUGUGCGCUCACGUGCGCGUUUCCCUCACGGCGCCGACAACAGCGUUUCCACGCAGAGCUUUCUGUGUUUUUUGUUGCUGCUACCCACGGAGGAAAUAAGCGCGUGUUUUGAUCCUUUGCAUACCCGGACUGACUCUUCAAAGACGGACAUCUUUUGAAAGUUUUUCUCCCCUCAGGGAUGAGAUCUGGUAUGGCAGUUGCACACUGCACAGCCCGAGCACUCUGAAGCCAAGGCAGAAGUGGUAUUAAGUCAUGAUGCAGGAGUCGGCCAGUGAGACAAUAAGCAACAGUUCAAUGAGUCAAAAUGGAAUGAGCACCCUAAGCAGCCAAUUAGAUGCUGGCAGUAGAGAUGGAAGAUCAAGCGGUGACACGAGCAGCGAAGUAAGCACAGUCGAGCUGCUGCAUCUGCAACAACAGCAGGCCCUACAAGCAGCAAGGCAAUUACUCUUACAGCAACCAGGCAGUGGCCUGAAGUCUCCAAAGAACAACGACAAACAGCGUCCGCUGCAGGUGCCGGUGUCAGUGGCCAUGAUGAGUCCGCAGGUCAUCACUCCCCAGCAGAUGCAGCAGAUCCUCCAGCAGCAGGUCCUUUCCCCUCAGCAGCUCCAGGCCCUUCUACAGCAACAGCAGGCAGUCAUGCUGCAGCAGCAACAUUUGCAGGAGUUCUACAAGAAGCAGCAGGAGCAGCUUCACCUCCAGCUUCUGCAGCAGCAGCAUCCCAGCAAACAGGCAAAAGAGCAACAGCAACAGCAGCAGCAUCAGCAGCAGUUAGCGGCGCAGCAGCUGGUGUUUCAGCAGCAGCUCCUGCAGAUGCAGCAGCUCCAGCAGCAGCAGCACCUGCUGAACAUGCAGCGGCAGGGCCUGCUCUCUCUGCCCCCAGGCCCAGGACAGCCCACCCUGCAAGGACAGAGUCUACCACCAGCCGGCCUGAGUCCGGCCGAGCUCCAGCAGCUGUGGAAGGAUGUGACCAGCAGCCACACCAUGGAGGAUAACGGCAUGAAGCACAGCGGCCUGGACCUCAGCACCACCAACACUUCCUCCACUACCUCCUCCACCACCUCCAAAGCUUCUCCACCCAUCUCCCACCACCCCAUCUCCAACGGCCAGUCCCCAGCCCUGAACAACCGCAGAGAGAGCUCGUUACAUGAAGAGACCGGAGCGUCACAUUCACAUUCCCUUUAUGGUCAUGGAGUGUGCAAAUGGCCUGGCUGUGAAAGUAUCUGUGAGGACUUUGGACAGUUUUUGAAGCACCUUAACAAUGAGCAUGCUCUAGACGACCGGAGCACGGCACAGUGCCGGGUCCAGAUGCAGGUGGUACAGCAGCUAGAGAUACAGCUUUCUAAAGAACGUGAGCGUCUUCAGGCAAUGAUGGCCCACUUGCACAUGCGGCCCUCGGAGCCCAAGCCAUCUCCCAAACCGUUAAAUCUAGUCUCCAGCAUCACCAUGUCGAAGAACCUGCCGUCAGCUUCUCCCCCAAACCUGCCCCAGACCCCCACCACCCCCACGGCCCCCGUCACACCGCUGAGCCAGAUGCCCCAGGUGCCCUCCGUCCUGAGCCCUGCCAGCGUCCCCAGCAUGGGCGCAAUGCGCAGACGCCACUCCGACAAAUACUCCAUGCCCUUGUCCUCAGAGAUAGCCCCAAACUAUGAAUUUUAUAAGAACGCUGAUGUCCGACCACCAUUUACGUAUGCAACGCUCAUCAGGCAGGCUAUCAUGGAUUCGAAAGACAUGCAGUUAACGCUUAAUGAAAUCUACAGCUGGUUCACGCGUACCUUCGCCUACUUCAGACGCAAUGCCGCCACUUGGAAGAAUGCAGUGCGCCACAACCUGAGUCUGCACAAGUGUUUUGUGCGGGUGGAAAAUGUGAAGGGGGCAGUGUGGACAGUGGAUGAGAUGGAGUACCAGAAACGCAGAUCACAGAAGAUAACAGGGAGCCCGACGCUGGUGAAGAACCUGCCUUCCAGUCUGGGUUAUGGAGCAGCUCUUAAUGCAAGCUUGCAGGCAGCGCUGGCGGAGACGUCCCUGCCGUUGCUGGGUAAUCCGGGGUUGAUGAACAGCAGUGCGUCAGGACUGAUGGGGGGCAGCCCGCCCGGUCUGCUGGGAGGUAGCCCACCCAGCCUCUUACAAUGCAGCCUCCACGACGAGCUCAACGGCGCGCUCGAACACCUCGACACUAACGGCCACAGCAGCCCUGGAUACUCCCCACAGACACAUGUAUCUGCAAUUCACGUCAAGGAGGAGCCGCUAAACAUGGACGAUGACGACUGUCCGAUGUCAUUGGUGACAACGGCCAAUCACAGCCCGGAGCUGGAGGAGGAUCGAGAGCUGGAGGAGGGCAACCUAUCAGAGGACCUGGAGUGAUCGUGUUUUUUUUUUUUCAUCUCCACCCACACUGGCUGGGACUCCGCCCUGACUGGCCCGCCCCUCUAACCACUCCACAAACCACAGAAAGGCAGCAGAUGGAAGCGAGGAGUAUUUAUUUCGAAUGAAUCCAGGAGACUGGCCCAAAGAGACUAUUAUCUCAGCCCUUUGAGGACCACAUAAGAGCAGGCAUGAGAUGUCUGCUUUUUAAAAAGACUACACAAAGUAAAGAAAAAAAAAACACACACACACGCACACACACACAACGGACGAGAUUUCCUUCAGAUGGCAUGGCCACCUCAUACACCGUGAACACCAAGACUCAUGGACCGAAACGGAAAACAAAAACACUCGAGUCUUUCCUGUAGAAAGUUGUUGGCCACAUAUACUGCCAAAAAAAAGUUUUAAGUUUGUGAAUAUCCAACCCACAGUAGUCGCUGAUGUUAGAUACAAAUUGCUGGUUCAA